CCAAAAACGAAACGGAAGAAAACACACCAGUCGUGCACUGGGACCACAUCACUUACAAGACUGGAGAAACCCGUUUUUUAAACGUGUUUAAUGACACUCUGUUGUACAGUGACUUUAGCUGUAGGUCGGUGGACGAACACACUCGGUGGCAAAAAACAACAACCAGCUGAAAGCAGAGCGCGAACUUAGCUAACAUUUAGCUAACAUUUGUUCAAAAAGAAGAAGAAGAAGCUAACAACAGUCGAACAACUUGGCGCCUUUUGGAUGAAGAACAUAAUUAACUUACACUGAGCAACACAAUGGAUUCCUGCACAGCUGACUUACCCACUGCAGUGGCACAUGACUCUCCAGCUUCUGAUGACUCCUCAGACGAUGAGCCGCUGAUAAAGAAGAAAACAACUUCUGCAGCUGCUGAGAAACCUGAGAAAAAAGAAAACACAUCGUCCCGAUCUAAUGGCGCAAAUAAGAACGCAGAUUUGAACAGAGGUGACAGCUCAGACUGUGAACCUCUGAGUAAGAUCGCCAAAGUGUCCUCCAAAGCUGCUAAGAAGCCUUCCUCAGUGUCUCCAAAGAAAUCUGUGGACACAAAGAAAAAAGGGCCUCUGAGUGAAAUUGCCAAGAAACUUAAAUCCAGACCCCAGAGAAAGGCAGCCGUCACAACAUCUAGACAAACAGCUAUAAAAUCCAAAAGGAGCGUGACGAGGAAAAAUGUUAAAUAUGCAGAGUCUUCAAGUGACAGCUCAGACGAUGAAAAACUGGUAGCAGUAAAGAUGAGGAGGACGAAGGCUGCUCAAGCAACCAACAAGAAAACAAACCUUAAAGACGAAUCACGAAAAGACAGCAGCUCUGAUGACCAUGACGAUGAUGUUGAUGAUGAUGAUGAUGAUGAUGAUGAUGAUGAUGAUGAUUAUGAUUAUAAGCCCUUGGUGAAACUCAUCACCAGUAAGAAGAAACCAGUGAAGAGAAACACAAAGAGGACGACUGUACCUCAACGUGGUGCGUCAAAAAGGAGACAAGGACGGUCUGAUGAAAGCCCAGAUGAUGAACCCGUGAUUAACCUUGUGAAAAAGAACAACACUGGCAGGAAAACCAAAACCAAAACAAAGGCUGCAGCUCCGAAGAAGAGGAACAGUCCCAGAAAGCCAAGAAAGAUGCCUGCGUCAGAUUUGUCAAGCAACAGUUCAGAUGAUGAACCUUUAAUCAAAGCAGCUAAACACCCACAAGUGACCAAAAUCCUGAGAAUAAUACUGGAGAGGUGUGAUGGUGACGAUGGUGGACCAACAGGAAGCCUGAAAAAAAAGCAGAACAGAGACAGCGAAUGACGAAGAGCCCUCAAAGGAGAAAUUGGAGGGUUCAGAGGAAUCAUCAGAAGAGGAAUAAGCGUUAGAAUCAUAAAGGAAUGAAUUACUCUUUAUUGUCACUUUUCAGCUUCUGGACCUGGAAGUUCAAACCAAUUAGUGGCUCCACGUUUGAGGAACUUCCCAAAGUGUUGUAAAUCCCACAGAGAGACACCUCCCUAAAAAAAAAUUAGUUAGUGUUCAUGUGAAGGUACUGUGUGUUUUAUAUACGUACAUGUUCAUUUAAGGUGAUCGUAUUUUUACUCCAGUUUUUAGGUUUUGGACCAGGUUUUGCAGGUUCCUCAGAUUUUACGCAGUCUUAUAUGUUGUUUUACUAUUUAUGCUUGUUGCUCACAUCAGCUGCUUCCUCUGGUUUUCAUUGUUAAGACAGUUAUUUUAAAAUCAUUGAUGUAGUUUAAACCUCUGCUUUCAUAUUAAUUGUACACUCAGCAUGCAGCAGUCAAAAUCUCUUGUGUUGCAUUAAACUGUGUUCCCUUUGAAAAUUCA